AUGCUCGCUGCGGCCACCCCCGGGAGCCGCGGCGCGGAGCCGGCGCCGUUCCGCGCGGUGCCGCUGCGGGCCGUGCCGCUGAGCAGCCUCCCCGCGGGCACGCUGACGCCCCUGAAGGAGCUCCUGGCGCGGGGCCGCGCCGCCCCGCCGCCCCGCCGCGAGCCCCCCCCGGCGGCGUGCCGCGAGCUGAAGCGGCGGGCGGGGGGGCCGCCGGGCCGCGAGUCCCCGGCCAAGGUGUUCCAGCGGAUGAAGGCCGGGGCCCCGCGCCCCCAGCCCGGCCCCGCCGCCGACCCCAUCCUCACCCCCGCGGCGCUGCACGGCGGGCGGCGGGGCCCGCACCGGCAGCUGGAGGGGGCAGCGGCCCCGCGGGCAGAAUUGCCUUGCGCUUGGAUUCCUCAGAACCAAACCGUGAAAACGCUGUCUGUAGACCCUGUUGUGUUGGAAUCCCCUCAUAAGUUCUUCUUGCGAGUAAAGCAGAAAUUGCAGCAGCAGCGGAAAGAUACAAUACCUUCAAACCUGACCAAGCAAAACAUUCCUCCUUCCACAGCUGCAGAAAAGCCAUUGGUCAAACCUGCUUUCGGUGAGCCAGUCACAAAUGCUCCUACAGAGUGUGUGGUCCCUGAUAAGGAUGAUCAGGACAAUUUCCUUGUGGAAUCACUGGAUGCUGAUGAUGAAAUGUCUCAAAACACAAUAACCAGCUCUGUGAAUGUCUAUUCUGCCCCUUUUAAGCCUGGGGACCCGUUAGAAGACAGCUGUGGAGGCAGAGAAGCAAAUGGUUGUGAACUUCGUCAAGAAAAAGGGCAGCUGCAGCCAAGUGACCAGCAAGCUGCUCAUAGAGUAAAGACACUGGAGAGUAAUUCUCAAAAGCCCUCGCAGUGCUUAUGCAGUAUUAUGCUCUCUACUCCCAAAGUCCACAUACCAAGGAAUCAGAACCUGAAAGACUGUAAGGGCCCUCUGGAUAAACCUCAUUCGGGUCAACUUGCUGCCAAGGCGAGCAACGAGAAAAAAAUCUGCCUAACCAGUUGGAGCAUUAGAGUGAUCAAUGGUAACACUGCAAUAUGCGUUGAAGGAAAACGGAAAGAUAUGAAAGACCUGUCUUGGCAUAGUAAUGCAAUUAUGGAACGUGUAGCAAACAACCAAGUUAAGACGACAUCUGGCAAUAUCUACCUGCUCCAGGGGCACAUAGAUUCCGCUUCGAUGAGAAAAGAAGGAUUUCCUUAUCGCUUCAUCAAAAGAUUUACAUAUGGGUUUUCCAACAAGUGGAAGGAAUAUGUUGAGGAGUUACUUGAGGAAAGAAGGAGGAAAGAACGCAAACAAAGUAUUGGUGAGAGUGAAAGUGAAGAGAGUGACUCGGUGGUGGGUUUGGAUGUGUUGAAAAACGCAAAAGACCCAGCAAGACAUGUAAAGAAAUCUGAAACGAGAAACGCUACUUAUGAAGUAUCACCAAAGAAUGAUGAAAACACUUAUGUAGUACCAAGACACAGUUCCGUAUUGAACGACACAAAUGGAGUUUACACUCGUAGCGGCCGUCUUGUUAAACCACCGUUAAGUUUCUGGUGUGGGCAACGUGAGUUUGUCGAUCAGGAAUUAAAUGUUACUAUAGAAAAAGGAGGAGUAGAUUAUUUGAGCAUAUUGUAUAGUACUGAAAAAUCCAAAAGGACGAAGAAAAAGGAUGCAACGAAGGCAGUGGAAGAAAAAUCAAAAAGCAAAGAUAAAGGGAAAAGCAGUCAAAAAGGAGUAAGUUCCAAAAAAGAAACAAAGUCCACUGGAAGCAAAGAAGCCAGGCGCUUUAUUUCAGAUGAUGAUGAAAGUGAUCGUGCAACUGAGACUAAUAAAAUUAAAAGACAGGUUUCUGUUGAGGCGACUUGCUUAAAUACUGAAGAUAGGAACAAGUACAACUGUAACAGCAGAACCAUGAGAAAGGAAGAGACUACAAGUCGGCAGGCUUACACGUACUCUUUAAGGUCAGCCAGACAACUUUGUCAAGACAAGCCUGUAACAGAAGAAUCCUCAAGCCAAGAUGAGGAAGAAUCCAGUGAAGAUGUCCCGUUGUCUAUCAAAAGGAAAACUAGACCUUUAGUGCAAAAAGAGACUCAAAACUCCAAAUCUUCCUCUCACUGUAAAAACGUACAGGACGGUGCAAAUAAGGUGCCACGUGAACAAAGGGAAGUUAAACGCUCUGCUGCUGCCGCCUCCCAUGAUGUGCAGCUGAGGCAAAGGGUGCCUGAGUACACCGACAGUCCUUCUGAUUUGCUUGAAGGAAAAACGUCUAGUGAGUCCAGUACUUCCCAUCAGUCUGAGGCAAUGAGGACAAGAAGCAGAACCAAUGCUCCAAAGUAUGUGUUUGAACUUGACACUAAGUUUGAAAACAAAGAUAGGGAAUUUCACAUAAAAGAGAAGAAAUCAAAAGCAUCCAAUAAAAAACCAAACUCUAAUGCUUCUGCUACUGCCAAGUCUUCAGCAGCAAAAUCGAGAGAACCCGAGAAGGAAAAGGUGCAGAAGUCUCUCGGAUUUUUUCCAAGGACAACUGAUGUCUGGUCUGAAAAGGAAUUACAAAAGCUGCACAGGGCGGUUGCUUCAUUUCCAAAGCACAAGAACGGUUUCUGGGUGGAGGUAGCGAUGGCAGUGGGGUCUCGUUCUGCUGAAGAAUGCCAUCAGAAAUACACGGAGGAACAAGAGGCAAAAGCUUCCAAAAGACAUGCCACAAAGACCACCACUUCAGGAAAACCAGAACAGAAAGAUAAGAAAGAACCAGUUACGAUAACUGCCAAAGUGGGAACCUUCAAAAGAAAACAGCAGAUGAGAGAUUUCCUGGACCAUUUGCCAAAGGACAACCAUGAUGAUGUUUUCACUGCAACGCCCUUUCAAAACAGAAGAGUAAAGUUGCCAAUGUUCCUGGGAAGCCAAGAGGAUGACGAUGAUGACUUUGCACUUACCGACAACCCAAUCACACCUUCCUCGGCUCUCUUCCCUCUGGCGAAAACCCCUCAGUGUGAGCACAUCAGCCCUGGCAUGCUGGGACCUAUCAACAGGAACGAUUACGACAGGCACGUGUUCAGAAUGCAGAACGCGCAGGGCAGGAGAGACACCUGGGACAAAGUGAAGAAGAAGCCGGCUGGAGCUGCACUUGGUACGCCAGCUUCAAGCAGAACCAAGUUUACUUUCGAUAAAAAAGCGGAUCAGUCCUCUGUUGUAGGGAAGCUCUUCAUGCCCGAGGCAGCGGAUUCAUCAGAUGAAGAGGAGGAAGAUUCUUAUUUUUCUGUUUAAUGAACUUUGGAGGUUUUAUUAGUUCAACAUUUGUAAACCUCUCGUACAGAAAGUCAAAAGCAAGGGCUUUAGCCACCCCUCUGGCAUGGUGUUCUUGUGGCCCUAUGUUAGAGGCCGCUUUGGAAAACUCGGCCUGCGGUGUUUCUGUGGUUAAAAUACGUUCUUGCUGCCAGGUCAGCAGUGAGGGUGGCAAUUUUUCACGUGUACAAAGUGGAACUUUCUUGCCCAGGCCCCCUCCUUCCUUCGUCCUGUUUUUCCUUGCGAAGGGGGAAGGGAGAAAUGUAGUCUGAUACCAAUUCUUUACAAAUUUUGAUGGGUUCAUUUUAAGAAAAAUACUCUUUUAGAAAUAUGACUGUAUAGUAACUUUAAAACAGCACUGUUUGUAACUAAUCGGAAUUGCCUUUUACUUUGCUCUCCUGAGAAACU